AGCCUCUCGUGGACUCUCCAGUGAUGUGUGAGUACUGUGGAGAGAAAGCAAGGCCUCCACUUGGACCAACAUUUGCAGAGGACCCUGGGAUCUUCUGCUGUGCCCAGUACCAGCAGCUGUGUGACAUGCUGGCCCAUGAAAGGUGGCUUGCCCUGCAGAGACCUGAUCAGGAGGAUGACUCGACACUCCCACCUAACAAUCAGCCAACCAGAGAGGAGGAGGAGUUGCAGGCCCAGGCCCGGGACAGAGCGGAGCACAGAAAGCAGGAGCAAGAGCGAGACCGACUCUACCAGGACACACAGUCAACCCUCCGAUCUGCAGAUACCUACACACGCUUCUCUAGGACCAUCAGCUACCAGCUGUCCACCUGUACAGCCAAAGAGGGACAGUGGACUGUUACACAACAUCCUGGGAUUGAGGAGGACCUGGAAAAAGAAAAUGGAGACACCCUUUAUGACCAUGAGUCAUUUGAGUUUGGCAUUUCUCCGCAUCAGGAUGGGGCACAAUUUCUGGAGAAGUAUUAUGCCGGUGGGAGCAAGUUUCUCAGUCUUCCCAGAUGGUUCUGCCCAGGUUUUCUAUCCCUCUGGCUUCUUGGCCCUGGUCAUAAUCUCUGAUGGAAGAGAAAGGGUAUGUAUUGUACAUGAUGACCACUCCCUUGGGCAGCCAAUCAGAGCCCUAUUCCAAUCUGAUGGCAGGGCCACAUGUUACCAUGGCAACGGUAAUGUCUGGCUGAGCUUGGACGCGUCAGGAGGUCAGUGUCUGAAUGAUGCAGGGGCCAGGAUCAGAAGGUGGAGAUGGAGAGGCCACAGCCAGACGCCCACCCCCCUGCGGCCGCUCUUCCUAUCUUUAAACCGCAGCCUGGGGGUGAGGGUCCUGGGACAGGAACACAUGUUUGUGUCCUUCCUUUCUGCUGGCCAACAGGCCAAGUUCAGUGUGGGGGCCUGUUUGCAGCCAGUGGCUCUGGGGAUGAUUCAGGCUCCAGGUCCAUCCAUAUCCAAGGAGGAGUGUAUUCUAUUGGCUGGACGGAUAAGGGUCCAUCAGGUCAUUAGGCAUCUCCACCACUGCCUGCGCUGCCCCUCCAACCCAAGGCCUCUGAGGGCUGGACUAGCUCCUAGCCUCUCUCUGGCCAAAAGGUUACUGGACUUCAGUUGCUCUCUUCAGCUUGAGGAGCGUGAGAGGGCCUUUGUCCACAGGUGUCUCCAGGAUUGCCUGUGAUCUCUAUACCAAAGCAUCAUUAUGUGGAAACAUUGAACAUUUCAGCUCAUUAUGACACCACACAGAUUUGACAAUAGUGAUCCUAUUAAAUGAAUUCCUAAUUAUAUGGAUUUGACUUACAUCACAGCCUACAGUGCCUUCCGAAAGCUUUCACAACCCUUGACUUUUUCCACAGUUUGUUGUUACACGGUGGGAUAAAAAACAAAAUUGUCAACUAUUUCACAAAAUACUCUGUCAAAGUGGAAGAGAAAUUCUAACAUUUGUAUAAAAAAAAUAAUUUGUCUCCCAGUGUUUGUUUGGGAUGCAGACUGAACCAGGUUUUCCGCUACGAUUUCCCAUGUGCUUAGCUCUAUUUUGUUUCUUUUUACCCUAAACAACUCCCAAGUCCUUGCCGAUGACAAGCAUACUCAUAACAUGAUGCAGCCACCAACAUGCCUGAAAAUAUGAAGAGUGGUACUUAGUGAUGUGUUGUGUUGGCUUUGCCCCAAACACAAUGCUUUGUAUUCAGGAUGUGAAGUUAAUUUCUUUGCCAACUUUUUAGAAGUUUUACUUUUGUGCCUUAUUGCAAACAGGAUGCAUGUUUUGUAAUAUUUGUAAUCUGUACAGUCUUCCUCUUUCAUUCUGUUGUUUUAGGUUAGUGUUGUGGAAUAUCUUCAAUGUUGUUGAUCCGUCCUCUGUUUUUCUCCUAUCACAGCCUUUCAACUCUAACUGUUUUAAAGUCACCAUUGGCCUCAUCCUGAAAUCCUUGAGCGGUUUCCUUCCUUUCCGUCAACUGAGUUAAGGACACCUGCAUUUUUGUGGUGACUGUGUAUUGAUACGCCAUCCACAGUGUAAUUAAUAAUUUCACCAUGCUCAAUGUGAUAUUCAAUGUCUGCUUUUUUAAAAUGAUUUAUCAGCCAAUCGGUAGAACCUCCCUGGUUUUUGUGGUUAAAUUUGUGUUUGAAAUUCACUGUUUGACUGAGGAACCUUACAGAUAAUUCUGUGUGGGGUCUAGAGAAGAUGUAGUCAUUCAAAAAUCAUGUUAAACACUAUUGCAAGUCUCUUUGGAUAAAAGCGUCUGCUAAAUGGCAUUUAUUAUUAUAUUAUUGCAGUGAAUCCAUGCAACUUAUUAUGUGACUUGUUAAGCAAAUCUUUACACCCUUCACACCCUAACUUAUUUAGACUUGCCAUAACAAAGGGGUUGAAUACUUAUUGACUAAAGACAUUUCAGCUUUUCAUUUUUAAUUAAUGAUAAAUGUAUAUCAAAUACAAUUCCACUUUGAUAUUAUGGGGUAUUGUGUAUAGGCCAGUAACAAAUCUCAAGUUAAUCCAUUUUAAAUCCCGCCUGUAACACAACAAAAACUUGGAAAAAGUCUAGGGUGUGAAUACUUUCUGAAGGCACUGUACUUGUACAAACUUCCAUCCCAUUAUGACAUCACACAACACCCCCAUGGUCCUUAUUAAACGAUCAGCUCAUUAUGCACUCACACAGCACCACUUGUAUCAUGUCACAUGCAGUGAACACUCAGCUCAUUGUGACAUCAUAGUGCCAUGAGACUGUGCCUACUGUGUAAUAUUGACUGUAAUAACUUUUUUAUUAGUUGUCUGAUACUUUUUAGACCUCUGCAAUGUGUAAUUGUGAGAAGUCUGAUUUAAUUUUAAACAUGAAAUGAGUUAUGUGAAAUUACUCAAUAGUGUCACAAUAACUGAACUUAAUUUCAAUAUUAAUUUCUGACUUUAAAUAGAUAUUUUUUUUCUUCUUCUAGAUUCAUGUGUGUAUCAAAUGUACUACAUCAAAUAAUGUUAUUUGUAGCAACAUACAAUAAACACAGGUUGGUGGAACCUUAAUUGGGGAGGACUGGCUUGUGGUAAUGGCAGCCAUCGUUAUGAGCCAUCCUCCCCUCAGCAGCUUCCUGUGAUAAACACCUAUGAGCAGGGUCAAUAGUAAAGUCUUGAAUUGUGCUAUGUUUUAAUCAUUGUAAGGAUGGCUCAUAAUAAUGGCUGGAACUGCGCAAAUGGAAUGCCAUCAAACAUAUGCAAACCACGUGUUUCAUGUAUUUGAUACCAUUCUGCUCCAGCCAUUACCGCAAGCCCGUUCUCCCCAAUUAAGGUGUCACCAACCUCCUGUGAUUGUAACACUAGCGGGGAUAGUGGGUUGUACUAUGUCUUUCACUGUGGAUUAAAGAGUCUGGUGUAAUCCAAGAUGGGACGGUCUCUUCAUUAAGAGUCUCAACCAGAACUGUUCCCGUCCAGAUGAGACUCUGCUUAAGCUCUUGCUAAACCCCUUAAUCAUUUAACCUAAU